AUGUUUAGCUGGCUAAUAUCUAAAAUAUUUAAUAGGAAUGAACAAGAUAUAUCAAGUAAUUAUAUGACCCAAUCUAAUAAAGACCAACAUAUUUUCUCAGAGACAUGCAAUAUAAUAAAUACUGAAAUACUUAAGAUAACCUCCCAGUAUAUUGUAAUUAAUAAUGAAAUAAAUAGACUGGAUAAUGAACAUAGAGAAAAAUUUAUCAAACAUUAUGUUAAAGAUAAUACUAUCCGUUCUAUAGCUGAAUCUAGAAAUAUUGAAUCUAAAAUAGAAAUACACUUAGAUAAUUUAAGGAGAAUACUUAAUAAAACUUUAGAAGAAUUUGAAAAAAGGUUUAUAGAUAUUUGCCUAAAUUUAAAUGCUGAAGACCUUCAUUAUGAAAAAGAAAUGAUGAAUUAUUUAUAUAAAUUAUCAGAAAUAUUACACUCUAAUGAUAUAAUUUUAAAUCUUAUAACAGUCCUUGGUUAUUUAUCGGUUGCAGAACAAACUAUAAUAUUAAAUAUAAUAUCUAUAUUAGUGGUCAGUGAAAUUAGAAAUUGCCAAUUUAGAUCAUUUGUAUCAGAAAUAGAUACAUUAAAUAAAGAUAUUAAUAAUAAAGAAGUAAUAAAUUGUGAAUCAAAAUUAAAUAGAUCAUCAAUUAUAAUAGAUGAGGAUGAUCAUAUUAAAUUUAUUUCUGCAAUAUUUAGUGAUAAUAAUAAGGAAUCUAGAAACAUUGCACUUGAUAAUGAAUUACAAGAUAUAGAAUAUAGUAAUCAAUAUAAUAGAUUUGAUGAAGCUUGUAAAAUAUUCAAUAAUGAUUCUCAGGUAAAAUCUAAUGUUAAUGAAGAAACCUUAGAUAGUAAUAAAAUGGAAUUACAGGAUAACAAGUACUUAUAUAUAAAGGAUUUUUCUGAAGAUGAAAAAUUAUUACUCCUCAGAUGGUUAGAAGAUCAUUGUGAAGAUUUAUAUUCCAUAUUAUUACACCAUUAUAAAUAUGUAUCUAUUUCAUAUAAGAUAGGAGAAAUUAUGCGUGAUUUGUCAUCAUUACUUGGUAUAGUACAAAGUCCCGAAAUAAAAGAUAAAAAGAUAAUAAAAACAAGUUUGAAAUUUAUUCCUUUAAAUAUAUUCCGUAAUAAAGCUUUCUAUAUAUUAAAAUCUAUUAUUUAUAAUAAUCAGAUAUUUUAUAGAUUAAUCAAAUUAUCUGGUAGUAAUUGUUUUGACAUUGCAUCAGAUUCAAUAUCAACAUUACGGUGUUAUCUAUUUAUUUCACCACAUUUAACGAAUGAAUUUAUUACAACAAAUCAAGAUAAAUUUUUUUCUUAUUAUUUUGGUUAUUUAAUACAGUCACCAGACUAUGUUCCGAAAAGACAAGGAUUAAGAUUACUAAAUCAAUUAUUAUCCGUACCCGAGAUGUCAAAAAUAAUGACUAAAUUUGCAUCUAAUUACAAAUACUUGAAAGUAUUUAUGAUAUUACUAAUAUCAAAACUUUCUUCAAUAUCUUUUGAAUCAUUUCAUCUAUUCAAAUUAUUUGUAGCCAAUCCAAAUAAAUCAAAAAACAUUCAUAAGAUACUAUACAUUAAUAAAGAAAAACUCAUUUCAUUUUUGUUACAAUUCCAAAAUAAUAGAAACAAUGAUAUAGAGUUUUUAUCAGAUAAGCAUUCCUUAAUAGCAAAGUUACAGGAAUUAAAGAAAAUAUAA